AUGACUUUUGAAAACGAAGUCCAAGUGCCUCUACCAGAAUGGAGCUCACCCGCAGAGGAGGCACGAUAUAGGACGUACUUCUUUCGAGUCCUUGAAAAUGGACAACCGAACCAAGUGAAGGAAGCCAUGGUCGAUCCUCGGUCGGUCGAGCUAGUUGGAUUGCUACCGCCAGCCGUGUUUAUCAAAGCUUUGCACCUCCUCUCUCCGGCUCAUUUCGUGAUCCCCUACCGAGAUCUCCACCAUACGCUGCACGGGUGGGGCGUAUUGAUGCUAGGGCUCAAAACCUUGGAAGCGAUGUUCGACGACUUCACGAGGGAUUUGCUCACGAUCAUCCAAUAUAGAACCGUAGCUGGGUAUCCACCUCAGUUAGCCGAAUACACUCAUCUCUUCAACUGCGCUCAGGCGAUGGGAAAUGGUCCCCUUGUCAAUGCUCUUUGGGAUGGGAUGUAUGCCAACGAUGUCACACCUGACACAGUGUGCUAUAAUCACUACAUGUCAGCACUGGUCUGGAACCACUGUUACGUGGGAAAGGAAGCAUACCAUACUCGCAUCAUCCCUCACAGUUACAAAAAGCGGCGCAUGAUAGAUCCGAAUCCUGGAUGGCGUGGCUACGCAACGGCGUGGAACAGUGUCAAAGGAACUGUGCUGGAUAUCUUCAGUCAAAUGAGCCAGGAUGGGCUUACUGGGAAUGAGCAGACGUACAUCAAUAUCCUCCUCGCAGCCGCUCGGGUUGGGGACAUGGAAGCUACCAAGAGCACCCUCAAGACUGUGUGGAACGUCGAUGUUGAUGCCAUUUCAGCUGAAAGAGAUAACUCUAUGCUGCCACCAGUUACGCCCUAUGAUACAUGGUCCGGUUUGUACCCAACUGAGCAUCUGCUUUUCGCUGUAGCCCAUGCCUUUGGCACGAACAACGACAUGUACGCUGCCAUGAGAACAGUCGACUUCAUGGCUUCCUCUUACAACAUCAACAUUUCUGCCAAGGUUUGGUCCGAGUUGCUUGAAAGGACGUUUACUCUCUCCAAAGAACACAAGCGGAGACAGGCAGAAGAUGGGCGAACAGGCCAAGUCCCAAGAGACAUGGUCCGCGACCUGUUUGAGAUAUUGACGACAGAGCCGUAUAAUGUUCCUGCGACUCUGCAAAUGUACAGAUUCCUGACCCAAACCAACAAAUUGGACCGCAAUCUAAAAGCUUGCAAAAGAGACAUGCGUAAAGCAUAUAAAGUCUUGAGCCAAACAAGAGCAAAAAGGAAAGAAGCAAGAAACUCCGUUAUGCAAUGCCUACAGCCAGUCUUGGACAGCAUGAAGCCACCGGCGAACGGUGGCAGGAAAGUGCGAGAUGAAACCAAGCACCAACGACAGACUGGUAUGGAACCAGACCUGUUACUACUACAGUGUCCCCUGCUCGCCGAAGCCAUCAACACAUACGAUCUCCUCCGGCUCGAAGUGUUCCAGCAAAUUUAUCAACUGCAGCGCAUAGCCUAUUCAAUAAUCAUCACAGAUAAGUGGAGUGACAUAUCGCCCAAAGCCUGGGAGCUCCAAGAGCGGCCCAAGCUAUUGGAAGAAUGGAAAGACUUUCUGCCAGAGCGUAAUAGGUACGAAUACAGAGACGGGGAUGUUGGGAUAAUUGAUUUCCAAGGCGAAACGAAUGCCAAGAGCCGCCACAUGAGCCAGCAUGGCCGCAUUCAUGCACGGCGGAUGCCAGAUGAGUCGGAAUUGUUCCAUCCAAUUGAGCCCAAGGUCCUUGAUGAUAGAAUAUUCUGGGAAAUCUUGCUCCGCGAGUACCCCCAGCUGGACCCAUCCGUUUCGCCGCUCAAUCGCAUCUACUCCUUCCAGGUCGAGCACACCAAAGAAUUAAGGGAGAAGCUCAGAAAGCUCAAGACACGGGUUGACUACCCAGAAGAACAUCCUUUGUCGCAAGAGAACAAUUCUUCUGGUGGGUUUUAUGGUCGCAUUCAUGCACUGGGCUUUGAUGCCAAACCCCAGAAUUCUAUCUUCUGGCGAGAUAGCAAUCCUUGGUGUUGA